AUGGCUGGACUCCAUUCGCACCGAGGGGAUAUCAGCACAGCUGGUCCAAAUGAGACGGCAGAUAUAUACACAACUCAGGGUAAUUCAAACAGCAAAAACAUUCAAGAGCGAUCCACACAGAGCAGCCGGAUACGUUGUCAUUCAAGGAGCAGACGCACAACGGGUCCGAGAAACCAUAAAAGGAAUGGCGGGCGACGAAAAGUUAACGUCAUUGACCACAAAAGAUAUGGAAAAUAUUCUUCGGCCUUACGGAAUGACAGCUCACUCAAUAAAGAGAGGAGCUUUGGCCCACGCCGCGGCGGCAGUGGUCGAACACGAUCUCGAUCUACUAUUAUUAACACAGUUAGGGAAACAUGCAGACCCCAUGGAACUCCCACGCAGCACAGUGCGUUAUCUGGGCCAUUGGGCCGCCACAUUAAACAAGUCCGCACACUUGACAUAAUUGAUGUAAGAGAAUUGGAAGAAUGGGAAUUGCCAGAAUCCGCAACAAGACAUUUUGGCGCUCCCUUUAAAGGGCACGAUAUUCUGCAACGAUCACACCACACCAGGGUGGCGACGAAAGAUGACGAAGCACGAUUGCCGUUGCAACAAAUAGACCUCGGAACACUUUCCACCAAAUGGAUUAGAGGACGCCUGAACGGAAGCGCCAGGAGGCGUUGGGACGAGGCGUGGAAUAUUAUGCGGAAACCCGAGUUACACACCAGACGGCGUGAAUCCCAGUUAAGAAUCAACAACACUGAUGCGCAGCGUAUGAAUAAACCAAGAAUUAUUUGUACAACCUCUUCACAUCCAACUACAGGAUGGGUGGGUAGUAUCGUUUACGGUAGUGGAGGAAAAACCCUCCGGGCAGAGAAGGUGUUUCAUCGCUUGGCCAAGGGAAAAGAGUGCCAAGGAUGA